AUAAACUCCGAAUGGUAGGAGUUUGAUCGGAAUGUGCAAUUACUAACUUUGCAGAUGGCCACAUUGGCGACCGACAAUGUGACAUCGGAACUCAAGAUGCCUUUGACUCGUUCGCAAGCUGCCGGGGCAGCUGAGGCGGCGGAUGCGGAGUAAGUGGGGACCUCCGUUACUUCUGGAUCUAGUGAGAUUCAUGAGUUGCACGAGCAGCUCGUGAAGCUGACGGAUUUGGUGGCUUAGCAGGCUGCAGCAGCGCAACAGCAGAUGGAUGCCGCGCGUCGACAGGAGGACAGGAUGAAGCGGUUAGAGGAUUUGUUACUGCAGCAGACGACUGACAGAGGGAUUCCUGAUUCCAUGCCUACAGUACUAGAUAGGGAUACGACAGUGAGCAUAGUCACCAGUACCAAAUACCCCACCGGUAGCUCCGCGGGUGGAGACCCGGCAGGAGACAGUAGUACCACCACCAGUACAUGUGGCUGCGACAGGGACCGUGUUACCAGAGAUGGUGGCGGUUGAGGAGCGAAAGCGAAUGAUGGAAAGAUUGAAUGAGUUUCGUCAUUGCAACCCUCGUGUCUUUGAUGGGGAGAAAGCCGAUCAUUGGGUGGUAGAGAAAUGGCUAAUGCAUAUGGAGAAGCUAUUUUAUGAUACUUUCGUCGAGGAGCGAUAUCGGGUUUGGUUUGCGACACACCACCUUGAUGGCGAGGCUUACAGGUGGUGGGUGGAUAUCCGUGAGGAUCCCCGUGCUGAUUUGUCCGCUAUCACCUGGACGAGGUUCAAGGAAUUAUUGUUGACUACCUAUUUUCCUCAGAAUGUAAAGAGGCAAAUGGAAAGGGAUCUGAGAAACUUGAGACAGGGGGACAGGACAGUAGCUGAGUACGAGCGAGAGUUCUCUCGAUUACUGCACUGUGUUCCUUUUGUCGUUCGAGAUGAUGAGGAUAAGGCUCGUAUUUUUGAGGUGGGUUUGCGGCCUGCGAUUUUCAGAUUGGUCCAAGCAUCAAACCUAUCGACUUAUAGAGAGGUGGUAAACCGGGCACUGAUUGUUGAGAAGGGGGUAGAGAUUAUGAAAAAAAGAGAUGUUGUGGAUCGAAGUAAGGGAAAGAGACCAGCAGCUGAGAGCAGUGGUCAACAAUCUUUCAGGAGACCGCCAAAGUAUCCGAGGGGCCAGCCGGGCCAGUCGAGGGGUCGAGGUUCUUCGGUACCCCGUAGAGCACCCGAGCGUCGUCGACAGCCACGUUGUAUCAUUUGUGGUGGGCCUCACUUUCCACCACAGUGUUCACAACGUGGGGGCAAGUGUUUUAUCUGCCGCCAGGAGGGCCAUUUCGCUCCGAGUGCCCGAGAGGUUCUUCGCCUGCCCCAUCAUCAGCAUCAGUACCUACAUCUUCAGCUCCAAGCCAGGGGACCCCGACAGCACCCUCGCAGUACAGACGACCACCGGGACAGUGGCAGUCCGAGAGUCCUCGGCAGGGUUCGAGUGGGCGUAUGUAUGCCGCCCAGACAGAGGAGGCCGCAGCAGUUAUCAUUAGCUUAA